UGUAAAAGUAGGCCAUGCCACCUGGAACAAAAUAAGGGGUUCUACAGAUUCUCUCCCCGGAAUCAUUUGAAAUAUAGGAUGGAUGCAUGGAUGGAAAGGAGAGUCCUCCUCUGAAGCUUGUGUAAACUUGUGUUUGUGUGUAGGUGAGAGGUUGGGAUUCUCCGAUCAAUAAGGAACUCAGGGGCAGAUUCGAACAUGGGACUCAUGCCAUUCUCCGCAGAUGCGGAAAUGAUGGAUAGAAAAAAUCAGACGAUUGAUCAAACAAAUAGAAGUGCUCCUUCCACAGAUGGACUCCAAGCCCCUGCUCAAGGAAGUGGAAGUGCUCCUCCCGCACAAGGAGUCGACGCUCCCGCUGAUGAAGAUGAAGAUGUGGAGCAGGAGAGAUUAAUGGACAGCCGCAUAUACAUGCAGGCGACCCAAGGACAUGUUGGUGACUUUAUUCGAAUUUUACACUCGAUAUCCUUCGAAAAGAAACUUCAACAAUCAAUAAUCCUCUGCCAAGUUAGUCACCGGAACAAUACAUGCCUCCACAUAGCAGUAAGCUUUGGACACCAUGAGCUUGCCAAGUACAUCGUGGGACUGUGUCCAGACCUUAUCGAAAAGACAAACUCCAAAGGCGACACUGCACUUCAUAUUGCUGCUAGAAAAAAGGAUUUAUCUUUCGUUAAGUUUGCCAUGGAUUCAUGUCCUUCUGGAAGUGGCGCAUCCCGAGAUGUAGAGAACGCUGAGCAUCCAUUGCUGAGAAUUGUUAACAAAGAAGGAAAUACAGUGUUGCAUGAGGCACUGAUAAACCGUUGCAAACAAGAAGAGGUGGUGGAGAUCCUUAUUAAGGCAGAUCCCCAAGUGGCUUAUGAUCCGAAUAAGGAGGGAAAGUCGCCAUUGUAUCUAGCUGCAGAAGCACGCUACUUCCAUGUCGUCGAGGCUAUAGGAAAAUCUAAAGUUGAGGAGCACAUGAACCGCGAAGCCAAGCCGGCAGUCCAUGGUGCCAUUCUGGGAAAGAAUAAAGAGACAUUGGAAAAACUACUAGCCAUGGAGCUAGUCGACCAAAUAGAUAAACAUGGAAGGACUCCACUUCAUUAUGCAGCAUCGAUUGGAUAUCUUAAAGGAGUUCAAACGCUGUUAGGCCAAUCUAACUUUGGUCUAUAUCAAAGGGACGACGAAGGCUUCUUACCCAUUCAUGUUGCAUCAAUGAGAGGCUAUGUAGACGUCAUCAAAGAGUUGCUCCAGGUCUCCUUUGACUCAAUAGAAUUGCUUAGCAAACACGGUGAGAACAUUCUUCAUGUGGCAGCCAAGUAUGGUAAAGAUAAUGUAGUCAAUUUUGUGCUGAGAAAAAAAGGGCUUGAGAACCUUAUAAAUGAGAAGGACAAAGGUGGAAACACGCCACUGCAUUUGGCUACCAUGCAUGCACAUCCUAAGGUCGUAAACUAUUUAACAUGGGAUAAAAGAGUUGAUGUGAAUCUUGUGAAUAAUAUGAAGGCCACUGCUUUCGACAUUGCUGUAUCAGUGGAGCAUCCAACUUCAUUUCACCAGAGACUAAUUUGGACAGCACUCAAGUCUACUGGUGCACGACCAGCCGGAAAUUCAAAGGUCCCACCAAAACCGCCUAAAUCACCUAAUACGGACGAGUACAAGGACAGGGUAAACACUCUCUUGUUGGUUUCGACCCUUGUUGCCACCGUGACAUUUGCUGCUGGUUUUACCAUGCCAGGAGGCUACAACAGCUCUGAUCCAAGUGCCGGCAUGGCUAUCUUUCUGAUGAGAAAUAUGUUCCAUAUGUUCGUCAUCUGCAAUACCAUUUCUAUGUAUACCUCCAUCCUCGCGGCAAUCAUCCUCAUCUGGGCACAGUUAGGUGACCUCAAUUUGAUGGAUACUGCCUUCAGAUGGGCAUUGCCAUUGUUGGGGCUGGCCCUUUAUGCAAUGUCCUUAGGCUUCAUGGCAGGUGUUUCCUUGGUGGUCAGUAAUCUUCAUUGGCUUGCAAUUGUCGUCUUCAUUAUUGGAAUCAUCUGCCUUUUCAGUCUCUCAGUACCCUUUCUUUUACUCUUCCUCCCAAGUAAGUCUACUAAUCAUAUCCUUAGGUACAUCUCCUAUUAUCCGUUCCUUUUACUGGUAUGGGCAUCUAAAAGCCCCGAAAUCAAACAAGAAGAUUAGCUUGCCCUGUUGAUGAUGUAUGGUAGCUCCAUCUUCUCCUAUGUUUGUUGCUUCUUUCAGCAUUAUCUCAAUGACUUGGUAGACUAAGCAUGUUAUGAAUAAAUGCUUAGUGUGAUCAGAACUUCAAUAUAUUGGUGGUGUUGUACAUGAUCAUUUGUCAUAUAAAUCUGUAGUUUCUGGAGCUGUAACAUGUGAAAUACUCUAUAUAUAUUUCAAUAAAUACUCCAUUCAUCCA